AUGCUCAACUCUUUAAAUCACUCAUGGUCUCCUAUUAGUUCAACUUUUAUCAUUGAUUCCUCAAUACUCAACAAUCAUGCUCGUAGAAAAUCAAAAGAAAAACAGAAAAAAAGAAGAAAAGUACAUACCUUUGGCAGUCUCAAGAUUUUCAGCCUCCUCAAGCUUGCUUGUAAAAAUUUCAGGGUCUCAGCGUCUUGAAGAUAACUUGGCCCGAAAAUUUUGGUUGUCCAAGAUUGUAAGCCAGAGUUGCAUCUCAUGUUUUGCAAGGUAGCCAAAGACAAAUUGGUUGAUAAUCGAGGUAUUUGAUCAAAUACAAUUCCACUAGCUUUCUUUGGACACUCCCGGAACUUCCUUCACGAGGGCCCGUUAUCAUGAACCCGUAAGGCCAUUGGUGGUCUGCUCUGCUGUUAGUUCAACUUUCACCAUCCUUCCCGUAACACUCAACAAUCAUGACACAUUCUUGGCAGAGUCUCAAGGUUUUCACUUUUCAGCUUCCUCAAGUUUUCUAAUCAGUUUCAGGUAAUUGAGCUAACUGGAAAAUUAACAAUGGAGGCACUUGGGAAUUUGGCAUUCGACAGAGGAAGGAAGUGUUACCAUUUGCGUGAUAAUCUAAGGUCGCUCGAAACGAAGUUGCAAAGAUUAAGCAACAGGAAAAUUGACUUCGAGUCGAAAGUGAAAGUUGCAGAAAGAUCAGGUACUAAGAAAAGGAAAAGGGAGGUUGAGAAUUGGUUUGAGGAGGUAGCAAAAAUAGAGAAUGAAUUCGUUGCAUUGAAAACGAGGGUAGAACAGGGUAAUCUUCUAAAAAAUGCAUUUAGCAGUGGGGAUGGAGUGGAGAAAAUGGACGAGAUUGUAGAGCAACUGAUGGUGCAAAGUGAUAGUGAUCAUUUUGCUGAGCUUUGCCUUGAGGCUUCUGAGAGCAGAGGUGAGCCACGAGUGACAACAGAAUUAUUUGGGAAAAUGUUUUGCAAAGGUCUGGAAACAAUCCCGGCAUGGUUGGACACCAAUGAGAUCUUAAGGAUUGGGAUAUGGGGGAUGGGAGGUGUGGGUAAGACUACUUUGGCGGAACACAUCCAUAAUCAUCUCCUUGAGAAUACUCAAUUCAAGGUUUAUUGGAUUUCUGUCUCUCAAGAUUUUAGCAUCGAAAAGCUGCAAGGUGACAUUGCUAAACGCCUAAGGCUUGAUCUGUCAAACGUGGAUGAUGAAGGAGCAAGGGCACGUAGGUUGCGUGACGCAUUCGAGAAAAUGGAGGAAAUGGUAGUGCUCAUAUUGGAUGAUGUUUGGGAAGACUUUGGUUUAGACAGGUUAGGGAUUCCUCUUGAUGCAAGAAAUUGCAGAUUGAUUUUGACUACACGCUCAAAAGAAGUGUGCAACCGGAUGCAAUGCCAUAGCAAUUUUGAGUUGAAAACCUUGGACACGGAGGAAGCUUGGGGUUUGUUCGAGCGUACACUUGGCAGCGAGACCUCGCUUGAUGGAGGUUUGAAAGAUAUUGCCAAGUCCAUCAUGGAAAGGUGUGAUGGUUUGCCUCUUGGUAUUGUCACAGUGGCUGGGAGCAUGAGAGGUUUGAGAGACAUCUAUGAAUGGAGAAAUGCAUUGGAAGACUUGAAAGCAUGUUCAAUAGGGCACGACAAGAUGGAAAAAAAGGUGUUUCGCAUCCUGGAAUGGAGUUUCAAUCGCCUGAAUAAAUGUGAAAAGAAUUGCUUCUUGUAUUGCUGUCUUUAUCCAGAAGAUAGUGAUAUAAAAAGGGAGAAACUAAUAGACCUGUUAAUUUGGGCUGAGCUGAUGUCAAAACGGGACUCAAGGUCAAAAGCAUUUGAUGAAGGUCAAACGAUAUUAAACAAACUGAUAAGAGUUUGCUUGCUGGAAGAAACAAAAGAUUCCAAAGGGGAUGACUGUGUAAAGAUGCAUGAUCUGGUCAGAGAUAUGGCAUUAAGGAUCACGAAUGGAAACUCCACACCAGAGAGCAGCAGAGAUGAUGUACCCCGAUUCUUGGUGAAAAGCUUAGGAUGGAGACGUUCAAAAGUAAUACUGGAACAAGAAGAGUGGACACAAGAUCUCCGUGCAGUUACCUUCUGUUCAAAAAAUUUCAAAGGAAUAGAAAUUCCACCAGCCUGGUCACCAAAUUGUCCUAAGCUCUCCACCUUGCUUCUUUCUCGGGUUUUCCUAAAAGAAAUCCCAGAUUCGUUCUUUCAGCACAUGUGUGCACUUAAAGUUCUGAAUCUACAAGGGUGCAAAGGUAUAACAGAGUUGCCUAAUUGUGUUUCAGACAUGGUGAAUCUCACUGCUUUGAUUUUGGGACAUUGUGCAGACCUCAUGUCUGUGCCACCACUGGGAAAACUCAAGCAAUUGAGGGAAUUGAAUCUUUCCAAAACUAAGAUUCAGGAUUUACCUCAAGGUUGGGAGUCACUGGUCAAUCUCGAAAGGCUUAAUUUGGACGAGUGUCGGACUUUAAGUUUAAAGAUAUUACCAAAAGGGACAUUUUCCCAAUUCCACCGUCUUCAACUGCUAAUAUUGCCACCCUUUGGUAAGGUACAAGUUAAUGACCCGGAAGUGCUGAACCAAUUAGAAGGUUUCAUAGGAUGUUUGUCUUUUACGGACUUCUACAAAAUUACUCGGUGGCCAAAAUACUAUAAUGUUUAUAUCAAUGACAUCUUAACUAAGAGUCGGGGUUAUAUGUAUUACCAGAAACAACUGUAUUUCCAUCAGUGCAAGCUUGGUAGAGGAUCGAACUAUCUGCCAGAUGAUAUGAAAAGUCUGAGAAUCCAGGAUUGUGAGGGCAUGGGCAUUAGGUGCUUGUCAGAUGCUUUUAGGAAUUUUAUAAAUUUAAGCCACUUAUUUGCAUUGUAUAUUGUUGAUUCAGUUGGAAUAGAGUUCCUCUGGCAAUUGUCCCCUGCUUCUCCACAUGAUCAGUUGGAAGUCUCGUCUCUUAGUCCACUCUGUCAUCUCGAACGGCUAGGGCUCUCCAGGUUGCCAAACCUGGUUGGUCUUUUUUACGGAGGAUCAGAACCAUAUUUGCUUCCUGUUGGCACCUUUUCUUCCCUCAAAAUAAUGUGGAUUCAUGAAUGUCACAACAUGAAGCAGCUAUUCACAGUGCAGUUGUUGCAGACCCUUCAAAAUCUUGGAAAUUUAAAUGUUAAAGACUGUGAAGGAUUGGAGGAGAUAGCAGCAGAUGGCUAUGGAGUAGGGCAAGAAGGAGGAGAAGGCAUCCAAUUGGCUUCAAGUGAAGCCACCGCCACUGUCAUCCUUCCAAAAUUAAGGAGAUUGACUCUGAAUGGGCUGCCGCAACUGAAGAACAUUUGCAAGGCAGCCAUGAUAUGCAAUUCCAUUAAGGAGAUUGAAGUAUUCGAUUGUCCAAAGGUAAAGAGGCUUCCUUCGUUUCUUUCCUCCAUUGACGGACCACCAUGUCCUCCUAGCAAACUUGGGAUGAUCAGGGGAGAUAAAGAAUGGUGGGAAUCGUUAGAGUGGGACAAUUCCUACCCAAAAAAUGCCCUUGACCCACUUUUUAGAGCAAGGUGAUGAAGUUCGAACUGGGUGUUGAAGGCCACCUAUUUGAUCAAAAUCCGGAUUGGUUCUUAUGUUACUCGGUAGCCACAAACUUGCUGCUGCAGCCUGCAAGAGAGGUGAUGUUGCAAAAAUAAGUGUUAAUUGAAGCCCUGUCCACCAGUACCAAAUUUCCUUUCAAGACGUGCUUCUUCUUUAGCUGUAUUAUUAUUAUUAUUUUUUUUUUUGUCGACACAGCGGUGUCCGAGUAAAUCUUUACGGGCUCGACUAAUCCCCUGCAACUCGGGCCCGGUGCCCCAACCCGACCCUAACGCGAUAAGUGCAUGGAGGAUUCUUUAACUGUAUUACAGUUGCUGCUCUUCGUCAUGUUUGGCUUUUUAUUCCUACCUAGAUGAUGUUUUUUCUGUGCUUGGUUGUAACUGGAGCAGCGACACAGUUUUUUGUGACUAUUCCUUGAUUACCAACAAAACUGUUUUGGGGCAUAAUGCCAAAAUUUUUGGUCAUAUUGUACUUCAAGAAAGAGAUUUCACUCUAUCAAUUUAAACCUUUCUAUGUUUGCGCUUUUUCUA